CUUAUGGUUCCCCUUUUGUCCUUUAAAUUGCCAAGAACUCAUCGGGCAUAAAUGAUAAAACCCUAGCCCCUAACCCCAAUUCACACCUUUCUCUACCUCACAACUCCCAAAAUGGAUGAGCAUUUCAUCACGAUGUUGAGGGGGCUUCCCAUCAUCUUUCUAGUAUUCUCCAUGAUGUUUUCUUGUGCAAACUCGGAUGCAGCCAAGGACAGAGAGGAGUGCACAGAGCAGUUGGUGGGGCUCUCCACGUGUCUGCCUUACGUUGGUGGAACCGCCAAGGCUCCAACGCCAGAUUGCUGCAGUGGUCUCAAGCAGGUCCUCAAGACCAACAAGAAGUGUUUGUGUGUGAUUAUCAGAGACAGAAAUGAUCCAGAACUUGGGCUUACCAUUAAUGUCACUCUUGCUUUAGGGCUACCUGCUAUUUGCAAUGCCCCUGCCAAUGUCUCCCUAUGCCCUGCUCUUCUCCACAUGGAUCCUAAUUCACCAGAAGCUCAGGUCUUCAAUCAAUUCGGCCAUUCCUCGAAUGACAGCGUCAGUACCCCAGCCAGCAGCCCUGUUCCUAGUGCUAAAGCCAAUGCCACAAGUGGUAGCAGCAGUGGAACAGGUGUCCAAGAAAAGAGCGAUGGCCAUUCUUGGAGUGGGAAGAGAUGGCUCGGAUUGGAAGCUGUCAUAGCUGGUGGGCUCUUAACGUGGCUUCUAAUCACUUCACACUGGUUCAUAGUAUAGGACUUAAAAAGAGCUCAUUCAGUUAUAUAUAUAUGUUAUAUAUAUA